GAUAAAAGAAGACAUAUCAAGUGUUUGAACAACAUAACAGUCUUUCAGUGGGUUUUGGAUAGCUUUAGGUGACUGUUAUCAUUUAGGUGGAUGGUAGCAGAAUGAGGAGGGCUAUCUGUGGAGGAGUUUAACCACUGUCUCUUGCUCACUCUUCAUCCAUUUAAAUGUUUCUACACACUUCCAUGCUGUGCUUUGCUCUCCUAUGCUGUAGCACUGGGCAGAAAGAAGUCCAAUGAAACAGGUUUUGCCCCUUGUAUCUUACAAGAGCAAUAGGUAUCAUCUAGCAAUUUGAUUGGAGAAGGAAAUGGCAACCCAUUCCAGUAUUCUUGCCUGGAGAAUCCCAGGGACAGAGGAGCCUGGUGGGCUGCUGUCUAUGGGGUCACACAGUCGGACAUGACUGAAGUGACUUAGCAGCAGCAGCAAUUUGAUAUGAAUGAAAAAAAAUCUCCCAGUGACUGUGCACUAAGUCCAUACAUUCAGAUAGUUGGAAAUAAACCUGCUCAAUGUUUAUUUCCAACAGGUAAAAACUGAAAAAUGACAGCCCAAAGGAAGGGUGGAAAUCACUCUUCUGAAGUAAUAGAUUCUAUGUAGAAACCUGUUAAAUAGAUUUGGUAAGCCACUGAGUUUCUGAAGUUAAAGCAAAAAUUCUUCCUGUGAGCCAAACGUGGGGUCUCAUGCCAAUUCUAUUCUGGAAUAUCUUAUGUGUGGCCCUGAGACUGGCCUAAGUGUUACUUGUGGAGUUAAUCAUUACCCCAGCAGUUGUCUAAAUUGCUUGAUUCCGUGCUUGGUUUGACAGCACAUAUACUGAAUUGCUUGAUUCCACUGGGCUGCACACACAGGAGUCUCCAGAGAGCAGCAUGUUCCCUUUGCUCUUUGGGGCUGGACUGGUGGUUCUGAACCUAGUGAGCUCUGCUAGGAGCCAGAAGACAGAACCCCUUAGUAGCAAUGGGGACCAGCCCCUCUUCCGUGGAGCAGAUCGACACGACUUUGCCAUUGUGAUCCCUCCAGGAAGUACAGAAUGCUUCUGGCAAUUUGCCCACCAGACUGGCUACUUCUAUUUCAGUUAUGAGGUUCAGCGGACACUAGGAAUGUCACAUGACCGGCAUGUUGCUGCCACUGCACAUACCCCACAGGGUUUCCUUAUACAGACCUCUAAGAAUAUUCGGGGCCAGAUUAACUUCUCUACCCACGAGACAGGUUUUUAUCAGCUUUGUCUAGCAAACCAGCAAAACCGCUUUGGUUCCGUGCAAGUAUACCUCAAUUUUGGAGUCUUCUAUGAGGGGACUGAGAUGGACCACAAGGAGAAUGAAAGAAAACAACUGAAUGAUACUCUGGAUGCAAUUGAGGAGAGCACACGAAAGGUGCAUUACAAUAUCUUUCACAUGUGGCGACACUACAACUUUGCUCGCAUGAGAAAAACAGCUGACUUUUUCCUUCUCCAAUCAAACUAUAACUAUGUGAAUUGGUGGUCAACAGCCCAGAGCCUUGUCAUUGUUCUUUCUGGGAUCCUGCAGUUGUAUUUCUUGAAGCGUCUCUUCAAUAUCCCAAUGACGACAGAAACACAAAAGCCAAGAUGCUAA